GGCCGGUGCGGGCGGCGUCAGCGCGGCGCCGGGAGGGAGCGCGCAGCCGGGCCGCCGCCUCGCCCGCGCCUGCUCGGGCGUCCGCACGCAGCCGCGGGCGCAGGGCCGAGCUCGGGAGCCCGGGCCCGAGGUGGAUUCUGUGCCCUUUCGUCUGUAAUAGUGCUUACAUGUGUCGUUGGUUUAUAGUGAUUCCUCUCCGAAAUCUCUGUUGGAAUCAAAUCCCUCCUUCAACUGCCUUAACAGGAAACUGGAGCCCGAGGAGAAGUGAUGCGGGAAGCGGCCCACGCCCUCAGUGCGGGAGAGCAGGACGUGGCAGACAUGGAAGGUGAAGGGACUGGCGAGGACACUGCUGCCACCCGCCUGCGGUAUGACAAGUCUGGAAGAUGUCCAAUAUGUCUUAAUUGCCUGUCGGAGAAGGAGGUUGGCUUUCCGGAAGGCUGCAGUCAUGUCUUCUGUGUGAGCUGUAUUCUGCAGUGGGCAGAGACCCUGGCUUCAUGUCCUAUUGACCGAAAACCGUUUGAGGCGGUGUUAAAAUUCAGCAUAUUGGAAGGCUGUGUUAAGAUUCAGGUAAAAAAGCAGCAGAGAGAAACGAAAGACAAGAAAAAUGAAGGCUUUUUAAAGGAACAGCUUUCCUGUUAUGAAAGUUGUAAAAGUUCUAUAAGGAGAGGAAUCUUUGGAAAGGAAGGUGUCUUGAGUGCAGGAGAUCAUGGCUCGAGUGUGACACACGGAACCUCUCCACACGGUGAAGCAGGAGUGAAGGAGCAUGCAGGGGCAAAGCCGCGGCGAACCAAUCAGUGUGGAAGUUUCAGAAAUUGUGUCUCCAGUGUCUUCUGUUCGGACGGUUACACUGGAGAGGCUUCUCUUACCUACCUAGCCUACUGUACAGAAUUUAUAGAAGUCAGCGAAGUCAGUGACGUGAUAAGGCACAAGAGACAAGAGCUGGGAAUGUCGUGGUUUCCUGAUGCAGUCCUUGGAACUGGAAGAAUUGGCUUUACACCCUGGGGCACCGAGACAGGGAGCCUCCCUGUCAUUUCCCCCUUACUGCCUAGAGCUGUGUUUCCAACACAUUCCACUUCUUUUGAAAAUUUUGAUUUUUCUUGCAAAGGAUAUGCGUUAGCGCAGACCCAGGAAGGAGAAGAAAAGAAGCAAGCUUCCGGUGCGGCAACUACGAGAGGGUCGAGACGGAGGUCUGCAGGAGCCACGCCCACGAGGAGGUCCACACGGAACACCCGAGUGGACACGGUCAGCCCCGCCCAGAAGUCUCCCGUGUCCAGUGGCUCUGGCUGCGAUGCGCCAGGUGGCAGUGAUCCUCCUGUCAGAGCGUCCUCUGCAGCUGAGUCUGAGAAGCCAGCGAGACAGGCUGCAAAGCGGAAGCCCGCCAGGAGGGGACGGGAGCCGCCUCUGUGGAAGAAGAAACUUCGGAGCUCUGCCCCACCUCCUGAAGAACAGGCUGCAGGGGACUCAGUGGGUGAAGAGACAGCAGAGCCGGCCGCACCACCUGUGCCGGAGAGAGAAGCCCCAUCCGACGUGGAGGCGGGUGCCAGUGCUGAGCAGGCACAGGCAGACGGUCAAGCUGCUGAAGGCUUGAAAAGCCCUGGUGAGCCCGUGGAGGGCUGCGAGGACCAUGCCGAGCACUGUGACCUUCAGGAGCAGGGAGAGCGUGCAGAGGCCACAGCACGUGCAGCAGAUCCUGGGGAGGACCUGAUGACACCUGCGGGUGGAGGUGAAGAGGCUGCCGUCGAGUGUUCAGAAAGUGGGACAUCUCCCUGUCCAGUUGAGGAAGGAGGCGAGGUGCCGGAAAGUCAAGGGCAGGCAUCUGCAGCCUCCACCACACAGGCUGAAGCCGGCUGUGCGCCCUCACAGGUGCCAGGGGAAGGCCAGCAGCCCGUGCCUGCUCCUGAGGACACAGGGCUACCGAGUGCUUUGCUGAGUGCUGUCGAUCGGGAAGACCCCCCAGGGAAACCAGAAGAGCUCCUGGAGAAGCCUGUGGGAGAGUCUGCAGAGGAAGAAGUCACACAGGCAGGGGACCCAGAGUCUGGCGAGAGCCUGGGGGGUCCCCUGGUGGCGCGCGCAGGAAGUGGAGAUGCUGAAAUAACCGAGCGCGAAGGUUCUACUGGGCAGGAGUCCGAGAAGAAUUCUUUACAGAAUCAUCCCAAUGCUGAGCUGGACACGUCUUCAGAAGGAAAGGCUGAGCCUGUGGCUGAGGCUCCCCCACGUGUGCAGCUGCCUGCCACAGGCGGCGGGGAGACCAGCGAGACCAGCGAGACGGCGCCCGUGGGCUGCGACUUGCCUUGCAGUGACCGCAAUGAAUCUGAAACCGAACCUUCGAUAAGUGUUGAUUCGAAGCAGCUGAGUGAGGAAUGCGUGGCACACGGUUCUGCAAAUGACAUGCCACCUCCUGAUGCUGCCAGUGACAAGGCUGACAGUGUAUCUCAACCAGCUGGGAGCCCUGUAGAGGCAGCAGCGAAGGCCAGAAAACCCCGUGCUCGAAGAUCCAGGUUCCAUUCCCCGUCCACCACGUGGUCUCCCAGCACAGAUACUGCUCAAGAAAAGAAGCGCGUGCAGUCUCCUUCUCCCAGGAGAGAAACGGGGAGAGAAGACCAGGCGUGUCCGUCACCGGCUCCUCAGAAAGAGUCCGCCAGGGGGCGUAGGAAAUCUUGCUCUCACUCCCCAAAAAAGGAUGUGUCCCCGUCUCCAAAGAGAGAGAGUGCUCGGGAAGGCAAGAGGCCUGGCUCCGGGUCCCCAAGACGGGAUCCCUGCAGGGAGAGCAGGCGCUCUCGGUCCAAAGGGAAAGACUCCUCCUCCAGGGAGAAGUCCAGGUCCCGCAGCAGGGAGAGAGAAAGAGGCAGCAGAAGGUGGUCGAGGUCCAGAUCCCAUUCGCGGUCGCCGUCAAGAUCCAGAACAAAGAGGAAGGGCUUCUUGCCUGGGAGAAGCGACAGGCACGGCUACUCUCCCCGGUGGAAAGACAGGUGGGCCAGUGAUGGCUGGCGAUGCCCACGGGGCAGUGGUCGCUACAGAAAGGACGACCCCGGGAAGCAGAGAGAAAAUACGAGGAAAGAAAGAAAUGAGCUCAACCCAGGUGUUGAUGACCCAGGUUGUCCUGACAAAGUUAGGAAUGACUGCCCCAGUUGGGUGACAGAAAGAAUAAACUCUAGGCCUGAUCCCAGGACCAGACACCCAGAGAAGUCACAGGAGUUUCACUGGGAAGAAAAUCGGAGUGAGAAUUCAGGGAGUUUCUGGAAUAGAAACUUUGGUUCCGGGUGGCUGUCUAACCGGGGUAGGGGCCGCCGAGGCAGAGGCGCUCACCGAGGCCAUUUUGCUCACACAGAUCAGAGUGAAAACGGGCGGCAAAGUCGGAAGCUGCUCUCAGGGAAUUCAAACAGUUCAGGGGAUGAGUCGUUCAGAUUUGCAGACCAGCAGUCCUAUAAGCGGAAAAGCGAGCCGGAGUUCUCAUUCGACACACCGGCAGACAGGUCCGGAUGGACGUCCGCGUCCAGCUGGGCCGUGCGGAAGACGCUGCCCGCAGAUGUGCAGAAUUAUUACUCCCGGCGCGGGAGGAGUGCCUCGGGCUCGCAGUCGACAUGGAUACGACAGGAGGAGGACACAGCAGACCAGGAUUGUAACCUCAAAGACCAAACAAGCCAACAAGUCGAUGGUUCCCAGCUGCCACUGACCACGCUGCAGCCGCCCCUGCAGCCGCCCCUGCAGCCGCCCGUGAGCAUGAUGCAGCCCCAGCCUGUGAACAUGUACCCCUACCCUGUGGGGGUCCCGGCUCCUCUGCUGGGCGUGCAGCGUGGCCCCUUCCCCAUGCACCCGCAGCUGCCGGUGCACCUGCACGCCGGGCUGCCUCUGCUGCAGGUGGCUGCCGCUCCUACUGUCACAUCUCAGGGACCACCCCCGCCCCCGCCCCCGCCUCCGCCGGCUCAGCAGGUCAGCUACGCGGCCCCCCAGCCCGAGGGGAAGCAGCUGCAGGCUGUUCCCAGUGCGUCUCAUGGAAGCAGCAACAUGAGCGCAGCCGUGCUGCCCGCCCCGCCAGCAGCCCCAGGAAGCGUGGGGACAGUUCCGGGACCAGGUGCUGGGAACACUUCGUCGUCUGGCCACGGCAGGGCGUCUAACGCUGGGAAACUGGCAGACAGCAAAGCAGGUGGCACGGUGGAAGCCAGUGCAGACAGCUCCGAGACAGACAAGAAAUUACAAAUUCAAGAGAAAGCUGCACAGGAGGUAAAAUUGGCCAUUAAGCCAUUUUACCAAAAUAAAGAUAUCACGAAGGAAGAAUAUAAGGAGAUUGUACGGAAAGCAGUGGAUAAAGUGUGUCACAGUAAGAGUGGAGAAGUAAAUUCUACGAAAGUGGCCAAUCUGGUAAAAGCCUACGUAGACAAAUACAAGUAUUCACGGAAGGGGAGCCAGAAGAAAACUCUGGAAGAAGCUGUGUCCACUGAGAAACACGUGGGCUGAGGGGGACGCUCCGUCGAGGACGGCUCAAGAUCUCUGCCAAGUGCAGUUUCAGCUCGUACCACUGGCUGGGAAUCACACGUGGCUGUGAUUGGCAUUUGGUUUUGAUAAAAUUAUUUUUUUUAAUGUAGGAGAUCCUGAUUUCUUCUAAAUAAAUACAGUUCUACACUGCAA